ACACCCAGCGUCCCUGUCGGCACGGACUGUCCCACUGUUCCCGGUGCGGGUGGAUCCCCGGAACCCGGCUCGGCCCGGCCCUCCUCGGCGCCCGCCCAAAGAGGCGGACGCGCCGAUGGGCCGUAGGGCAAUGAGCGUCCUCGCUGCGUGCCGACAGAGCUCCCGCUGCUGGCAGAGCUGUCUCUCCCGGCCCGGCCCCGCUCGGCAGCACGGCAACAUCCUGCGAGUCCCCGAGGCGCCCGCGGCCCGCCGCCUCUCCUCCAUGGCCGCCACCAUCCGCUUCUCGCCGUCCACCCGCAGCCUGUUCGAUGAGCCGCUGGGCAUCGCCGUGCAGGGCCUCGGCCCGCGGCAGCAGGUCACCCUGCGGGCGUCCUUGCGGGACGAGGCGGGCGAACUCUUCGAGGCCCACGCCCGCUACCAGGCGGCGGACGACGGGGAGCUGGACCUGGCCCGCUGCCCCGCGCUGCCGGGCGGCAGCUUCAGCGGCCUGGAGCCCACGGGGCUGCUGUGGGCGCUGCAGCCCCGCAAGGCUUUCUGGCGCCUGGUGAAGAAGGACGUGACCACCCCGUUCCGCCUGCAGCUGGACGUGCUGGACGGACACGGGGACGGCCCCGGGCGGCUGCUGGCCCAGGCUCAGCACGAGCGGGCGUUCCUGCGGGACGGGGUGCGCAGGGUGCCGGUGCGAGAGGGGAGGAUCCGGGCCACGCUCUUCCUGCCCCCCGGAAACGGUCCCUUUCCAGGAGUGAUUGACGUGCACGGCGCUGGAGGAGGACUCCUGGAAUACAGGGCAUGCCUGCUGGCCAACUAUGGCUUUGCUGUGCUGGCACUGGCUUACUACAGUUAUGAAGAUCUCCCCAAAGACAUGAAGGAGGUCAACCUGGAAUACUUUGAAGAAGCUGUUAACUUUAUGUUACAACACAACCAGGUUAAAGGUCCCGGAAUUGGGUUGCUUGGCUUCUCCAAGGGGGGUGACAUAUGUGUCUCAAUGGCCUCCUUCCUGAAAGGCAUCACGGCCACUGCUGUGGUCAAUGGCUCGGUGGCGAACGUGGGCGCAGUGCUGCGCUAUAAGGAUAUCACCAUUCCGCCCCUUGGUUCCAACAGAAAACGUAUCAGGGUCAAUAAAUCCGGGAUCGGUGAUAUCAUUGAUGCACUUAACAAUCCAUUAGAAGGCCCUGACCGCCAAAGCUUUAUCCCUUUGGAGAAAGCCGAGUGCCGCUUCUUGUUUAUUGUAGGCCAGGAUGAUCACAACUGGAAAAGUGAAUUCUUUGCAGUUGAGGGAAGCAAACGUUUGCAAGCUCACGGGAAGGAAAAACCUGAGCUAAUCUGUUAUCCUGGGGCAGGGCAUUAUAUUCAACCCCCUUUCUUCCCAAUGUGUUCUGCCUCAAUGCACCCGCUGGUUGGCAUGCCUGUGAUGUGGGGGGGGGAGCCCAAGGCACACUGUGAGGCACAGGUAGAUGCCUGGCAGCAGAUCGAGGCCUUCUUCCACAGACACCUCAAGGGUGAGCCUUCCAGGACAGCCAACAGGCUAUGAUGUGAUUUGGGUUGCUGUACAGAGAACAUGCUAGUGAUUAAUUUUUGUUUUGUUAAGUGUUUUGUUCAUUCUGUGUUUCACAUUUGUUUUGUUAAAUGGUUUUGAAUGAGAGCAAAGAACAUCGGAGAAUAAAGUUGUUUUUCUCUGAGCA